AAAUUCCACAUUUUCCUUUUUUCCUUUCUUUUUUUUUUCUUUUUUCUGUAUCCAAUUCUUUAUUUUCUUUUAAAAAAAUGGAUUCAAAACAACAGCAUGACUUAGAACCACCUACCACAGUUCAAUUUGCCGAUCGGUCACCUUCUAUUAUACCUUCUCCAGUUUAUAACUCACCAGCACCAUCAUCUGUCUAUCCAAGUAUUUCUUCUUCUUCUUCUUCGACACCACCACCUCCUCCUUCUGCUUCACAUGUGACACGAACCACUGUGUCAGGAUCACUUCACCGUGGUAAUUUUGCCAGUGAUACAUUCAAACAAGACAAGGUACUUUACGAUGACCAACCCGUGUUUGGUCAACAACGAAUGAUGGAAGACGAUGACUUUGACGAUAUUCAUGAAAUGCAUACGCGUGGUGGUGGUACAGGUAGAUCUUUUGGUCAAGAUAAAGGUUUCAUGCCAUUAUCUACUAACGACGAUAAUGAACAACAUUUACCUCACAACAACAACAACAAUAAUAACAGUAGUCUUCAACGUGGUAUGAUGGAUCCUAUGAAUGGUCCUUCUAUGUAUGGAAGUCGUCGAUCACCUUUGAAACGUUUAUUACUGGGACCCAAUCAACGACCUUGGUUUAGUUGGAUUUCAGCGAUCAUCAUGUUGGUCAUCUUGAUAUAUGAAUUGAUUCGAAAUCAAAGUUUAACGGGUAGUGUGAUUCAAACGAGUCCUAAUUUCAAUCCCAUGAUUGGUCCAUCCUUCUAUACAUUGAUAGAUUUAGGUGCCAAAUUUACCCCAUGUAUGCGUGCCAUACCCAAUUUUUCUCCAACAACAUCCUUUCAAAAUUGUUAUCGUACUGGUGAAACUUGUUCAUUGGAAACCCUUUGUGGAUUUGGUGGAUUCAAUGGUGCUAAUCCUGAUCAAAGCUUCCGAUUCUUUUACCCAAUCUUCAUGCAUGCUGGUAUUGUACACUUUUUACUCAAUAUGUUGACACAUCUUCGACUUGGUGUAGACCUUGAACGUGCGUUGGGUAUGCCUCGUUAUGUAUUAUUGUAUAUUGCUGCUGGUUUAUUUGGGAAUGUUCUCAGUGCCAUGUUGGCACGACCUACUCAAGCUUCCAUGGGUGCAUCAGGAGCCUUGUUUGGUUUGAUUGGAUAUAUGUUUGUCGAUGUUCUUGUGAAUUGGAAAGUGAUUCCUAAUCCUAUGCGGGAAUUGAUGGGUUUAUUGAUCUCCACCAUUAUUUCUCUCGUCUUGGGUUUACUACCUGGUUUGGAUAACUUUGCACAUUUAGGUGGCUUUGUGGUUGGACUUGUGAUGGGAAUGAUGAUUGCGCCUAUGCGACCUAUGUCAUCCACAAGAGGCAAAUGGAUUACUUGGGGAUUACGAGGACUUGCUUUAGUGAUCAUCAUCAUUCUUUUUGUUGUUUGCAUCACCUCCUUUUACAAUUCUCCAGAUCCUAGUCAGAUUUGUCCUGGAUGCAAGUAUCUUAGUUGUUUACCCGUUAACAAUUGGUGUGAUUAUUAGAAUAUAUAUAUACCUACAUUGUAUCUCUCCCUUUUCUUUUUGUAUUAUCCAAAUAAAUAAAUAUAUAUUUAUCUUAAAAGAUCUCCCAUACAAAUUCCCUAUUCUGUUUUGCUUUAUUUGCCAAUAGAGACAUAUUCUCA